CCAGUCGUAGUAUUUGUCGUAAGGGAAGAGGCGACUGUAAUAGAUCCUCAGCAAGUCUGGCAGCUCCGCUCGGUCGUAGUCUGCGUUUCCCGACGCCUCCCCCUUAUCCUCCUCCUUCUCCUUCACUUCUUUACCGUUCAUCCUUUUGUUCCCGCGGAAACAUUUGCGCAUGCGUACUCUAUACACGUGGGUGGAUCGUGAGAUAUAUCAGUGCGUGUGUGUGUGUGUGUGUAACGUAAGGGGGCGUAUUUUUUCAAGGGGUGGAGAGGAAGAGGAAUAGGGAAUAGGGGAGAAUGGCCAUGAACACAGUGUUUUCUGUGGGACCCGGCGUCUUUACGGAGGACGAGUUUUCGCGCGCCGUGGGCGAGCUGGACAGCCCGGAUCUCGAGGGAUGGGAGCUACUGGUGGAGUCAAUGGGUACCAAGGUCUAUCGCAAGUACAGAGAGGAGUCAGGACUGUAUGAGUACAAGACGCUGGGUGAGAUGGCGGACCUUGACCCCGAGAUGUGUGCGCAGGUGUACGUUGACUGGGAGUACAGGAAGAUAUGGGAUUCAUACGUUUUGGAUCUGCAUCCAAUAAAGGACAAGUCGAGUGGUAUGGAGGGUCUCUAUUGGUGUGUGGACUACCCCUGGCCUCUCUCCGACAGAGAUUACACAUUUGUUCGAGACUUCAAGAUCGUCGAGAUUGACGGUGUCCGUACCUAUGCAGUGAUGGCAAAGAGCCAUCUGUUCCCGGAGGAGAAGGAGCGCAGUGGCAUAGUCCGCGUGGACUCAUUUCAGCAGUCCUGUGUGAUGAGGACCGAUGGGAAGGUCGGUUCAAAAGCAUUUAUGCACUACUAUGACAACCCCAAGGGGAUGAUCCCAACGUGGCUCAUCAACUGGGCAGCCAAGACAGGCGUGCCGCAGUUCCUGGACAUGAUGAGGAAGGCAGUGUUUGGCUACCCAGAGUUCCUGGAGACCCGCGCCAAGGAGCUCGGGCUGGAGAAGAUGGACAACGUGGAGAGAAUGAGGAGACUGUAUGGAGUCGCGGCUUCUGAGAUUCCUGCAGACCAACUACCCUCUCAACACUGAUUUGUCGCUCUUCUUUCUUCACACUUUUCAUGAUUAAGUUAAAGUAUUUUUCGUUGGCAUAAUUAUUUUUAUUUACACACUAAACGAUUCUAAAUUCACAAUAAUUAUUAUGAGAUGCAAUUUAAAAACUGGUGGCCCUGUACAUGAAGCAUCGGUAUCAGACAGUUACAAGAACAUUAUAUAGACACUUGUAUAUAUAGAGGAGUUGACGACGGACAUCUUAUAAUUUAGUGGGGCUCUGAACGUCUUUGAAGUAUGGGUGAGUGAGACUGUUCAUGGCUGACGUCCUCUUUGCCGGUUCAUAGAUUAACAUUUGCUAGACAGGGAAAGACAGAAUUUCAGGAAAGGCAUGUUUA